AUGGUGAAAGUACAGCCUUUGCUGGUUUGGUGCGCCCUAGCGAUCGGUUCUUCUGCCGAGAUCCAAUCGGUAUCGACCCCUCCAGAGGCUGUGGAAUCCGAAGCUCAGAAGGUGCUACAACAGGAUGGAGCCGCGCCUUGUGCUCAUGCUUGUUCAAGCUUGACCCUUGACCUUCCUCAAAAGGUCUUUUUGGGCCAUGACGGAGGCUUUGCUAUGUGGGAUGCGAAGCAACAUGAACUCGUACCCGCAUGUCGGGUCGUACCAACCUCGGCCGAAGACAUCGUCGCAAUCAUCGAGGCUGCGAAGAGCAAUCAAUGUCACUUUGCCAUCAAGAGUGGUGGGCACAGCCGCAUGGCCGGUGCAAGUAAUGCGGAGGGUGGCAUCACUAUUGAUUUAGAAAAGCUGACCAGCAUCGAGCUUGCUAAAGAUCAGAAGAGCGUGACCAUUGGCGCGGGAGCUCGAUGGGGUGAGAUAUAUACGACUCUUGAAAAAGAAUCGCUCACUGUCAUCGGAGGACGGGUGGCAGAUGUUGGAAUUGGCGGCCUGGUUCUUGGAGGUGGGAUAUCGUUCUUCUCCGGCGUCCAUGGCCUGGCUUGCGACAAUGUCAUCUCUUAUGAGAUCGUGCUUCCGACAGGCAAGAUUGUCAAAGUUAGCGAAAACGAAAAUUCCGACCUGUUUUGGGCGCUUCGAGGCGGCGGAUCGUCAAACUUCGGCGUUGUGACAUCUUUUGUCCUAGAGACCAAGGAGCUACUAAAUCCGAAUGGCUUAUGGUACUCAAACCGCAUGCACACUCCUGACAAGCUACCCGACCUCACCGCCGCUCGUCAUCAGUGGAUGGAAGGCCUUGGGGAGGAUCAAAGGGUUGGAGGCUACGACGUGUACGCCUACAGUGGCAUGCACGGCAUGAGCCUCAUGGCUUCGCAGCACAUUCAUCUUGAUCACGCUGAUCCGACAACGUCUCCGCCGCUAUUCAACGCCUAUGAUCCGAUCGAAGCUUUGCAAGAGGUUGAUAUCACGCGAGUGAUGCCAAUGUCCAACAUCACAAAGGAGGUUUCCGACAUGAGCCCUUACAACAUGCGCUACUCGUACUCCACUUUCACGCGGAAGCCAGACAUGGCGCUCGACGAAAAGAUCAUGGGUUAUUUGGACGAGGUGGCCGAGGAAAUCAAGCAUAUCCCUGGGGUCGUGGCCACGUUUAUCAUGCAGGCGCUUUCCAAGGAUGCUCUAUCGCACACAAAAAGGCGCGGAGGCAACAGUUUGGGGCUUCGGGAAUCAGAUGGCCCGCUUGCAAUCAACAGCAUUUCUUGGAUGUGGGCCAGCGCCGAAUUCGACGAGCUCAUGCAAUCACAGGUGCAGUCAUUCGUCAGGAAGAGCGAGCAAGCGGCCAAAGACGCCGGCCUCUGGCAUCCUUUCAAGUACAUCAACUACGCCGAGAAGUGGCAAGAGGCCGAUGUCCUAGCAGGGUUUGGCGAGACGAAUCUCAAGAAGCUGCGGGGGAUUCAGAGGAAGUACGACCCGGAGGGUGUGUUUACGAAAGGUGGACUCUGUGGAGGCUAUUUCAUGUUCAAUGAGAAAUUGGGCAGGCAGGAAGUCAGGGAUGAGUUGUAG